AAUGCUGUAGGGGGCGCUUCUGUGCCGUGGCGGCCCUCGAUUAAAUCAUCGGCUAGUUUCCGCUUCACUGUACCAUAUAUUGUCGUUGAAUCGGAGUGCAAAAAGUUAAAAAACCCUUUAAAAUGGGUUUCGUGAAAGUGGUGAAGAGCAAGGCUUACUUCAAGAGAUAUGAAGUCAAAUUCAGGCGAAGGAGAGAGGGCAAAACGGACUACUAUGCUCGCAAACGCCUGGUUGUACAGGACAAGAAUAAGUACAAUACACCCAAAUACCGAUUGAUCGUCCGCUUGUCCAACAGGGAUAUCUGCUGCCAGAUUGCCUAUGCAAAGAUCGAGGGAGACCACGUUGUGUCUGCCGCUUAUUCCCGCGAGUUGCCCAAAUAUGGCAUCGCUGUAGGUCUCACAAACUAUGCCGCCGCCUAUUGCACCGGACUGCUGCUUGCCCGCCGGCUGUUGCACAAGUUCGGCAUGGAUCAGGUGUACGAGGGUCAGGUGGAGGUGACGGGCGAUGAGUUCAACGUGGAGAGCGUAGACGGCCAGCCGGGAGCCUUCACCUGCUACCUGGAUGCGGGCCUGGCCAGAACCAGCACGGGCAACAAAGUGUUUGGAGCGCUGAAGGGGGCGGUAGACGGAGGGUUGGCCAUUCCUCACAGUCUGAAACGCUUCCCUGGUUACGACGCCGAGAGCAAAGAGUUUAACGCCGAGCUGCAUCGGAAGCACAUCAUGGGCAUGAACGUGGCCGACUACAUGUCGUACCUGAUGGAGGAGGACGAGGAUGCCUACAAGAAACAGUUUUCGCGCUUCAUCAAGAACGGAGUCGCACCGGACACGAUCGAGGAAAUGUACAAAAAAGCGCACGCCGCCAUCAGAGCGAAUCCCGUUCACGAAAAGAAACCCAAAAAAGAAGUCGUGAACAAAAAGAGAUGGAACCGGCCCAAAAUGUCCCUGGCACAAAGGAAGGACCGCGUCCGGCUGAAAAAAGCCAGCUUCUUACGAGCGCAAGAGCUAGAGGCCGGGGACGGGUAGCGCUUUGGCGCAUCACAAAUAAAUCUACAGUAGUGCAAAAU